UAAUAAUGAAUUUUAUAAUGAUUGAUUGCUCGUGUGUCUCCACUGGUAUAAGGAAAGGUUUGAUUUAUCCGCCGCAAAAGGUGGAUUUUACCUAGUGUUUUAUAUAUACAAAAAGGCUUAUGAAAUCAACUGUUUUUGUUCUUAAUUAGUGGGCCGCGUAUCCUCCUCCCCCGCCACAUUUUCGUCUAAUAUUUACAUUCCGUUCCCUGUCCUCUGUUUUGAUCCAGUCAAUGGAGGAAGCAUCCGAGAGAAUAACCCAGCAUUUCUCCACUGUCCUCCUCAUCAACAAGGAUGGUCAUGUGGAUCGGUUCAUGGGCACCGACACGGUCCCCCCGUCAGUGGACCCUGCCAGUUCCGUGCUGUCCAAGGAUGUCGUGGUCUCCACCGAGCCUGCCAUCUCUGUCAGGCUCUACCUCCCCAACAACCCACCUCCCUCAUCCUUGAAGCUCCCGGUCCUGGUCUACUUCCAUGGUGGAGGAUUCAUCAUCGAGACUACCGCAUCUCCAACAUACCACAAUUACCUCAGUGCCCUCGCGCCCGAGGCUCGUGUGAUCAUUGUCUCCGUAGAGUACCGGCUGGCACCUGAGCAUCCGCUCCCAGCAGCGUAUGACGAUUCGUGGGCUGCCAUCAAGUGGGUGAGGGCCCACUUCCAAGGGCUGGGCGAUGAGGAGUGGUUGAAUGACCAUGCCGACCUGACAAGGGUGUACUUUGGAGGGGACAGCGCCGGGCGAACAUUGCUCACCACAUGGGACUUCGACACGGGGAAGAGAUCAAGUCGAGCAAUGGAAUGGGAAUUAGGAUUCAUGAGUUCUCAGGGUUGAUCCUCGUUCACCCGUACUUCUGGGGAAACGAUCCAUUGCCAGCGGAAGCCACCGACCUCGAGAAGCGGUUCACCUUUGAUGGCAUAUGGAGGCUCGCAAACUCGACCACAACGAGUUGCGAUGACCCGUACAUUAACCCUACGAAGGACUUAGGCAUCUCGAGGAUGGGGUGCUCUAGGAUAUUGGUCUGCGUAGGGGAGAACGACUUGCUGAGAGAGAGAGGGUGGUAUUACAAGGAGGUGAUGGAGAAGAGCGGGUGGAAUGGAGAGGUGGAGGUGAUGGAAGCUAAGGAAGAGGACCAUGUCUUCCAUCUGAUCAACCCUACCUCUGAGAAUGCUGUUGCUAUGAUGAAGAAGCUGGUUGAGUUCAUGAAUGAUCAUCAUUAAGGAAAACAACAAUUACAAAUCUAAGAGAGAGUGUGUGUGUGUGUGUAACAUUGAAAUAAGUUGUAUAUCCAACAAACUAGAGUUGCAAGUACCUACGAAGUGGUUAUAACAAAUUUUUUUUAUGCA